UUUAAGAUAAAUAAUAAAGCAAUCGAUCUUUUCCUUGUAACUGAAAAAAUGCAGCCUGCCAGCAAAAGAACUGGCUGAGAAAAGUAUCUUGCAUGCUUAAUCUAUAAGAAGUUGCUUGGACAUGAAUGUGUGUGGGGUUUUGGAGAUAAUUUGUUUUUCACCUGUAAUACAUGAUAUAAUCGUGUAAGGGAAAUGGGAAACAUGCUUUUUUUUUUUUUUUUUUCUUUCUUGUAUUCACUGCAGUUGUUCACUUGAAAAAUAGAAUGUCACCACAGUGUAAUUUUUAUACUGCUUGAAAGAUUCUGACUGGGCAAAUAAGCUGUAAGGGAUAUAAAUUAAGAAUACACAGAAGGGAUACAUCUGGAUAGAGUGGGACUCCUGGGUGUCAAUGAGCGUGCUUGGCUUAGAGUCAUAUGAAUGUCACCUGCCUUACUUCCUUCUCUGACCCUGGGAUACAGAAAAUCCAUCAGCAGGUUUCCACAGCUGGAUUGUCUGCUAGACCAGAUUGUCACCAGUGAUCCAGAGGCUUGUUUGGGUGGUCAAGGUCUCAUCGACUAACUGGUUUUCACUGAGCAGCAAUGGAGCAUCGUGAGUUGUUUCGCUGCGUGUCAAGACAAUGGUUGGUUCUGAAACUUGUCUGAAGAGGUUCAAAGUAGUGUCUAGAUGUGCCAUUGUCACAGGAGGACAGGCAACAAGACAGCUGCCUGUUGCCCUGCAGUUUGAAGGGGGACUGCAUGGCCAGCAGCCCUCACUGAAGAGGUGACCAUGAGUAUCCCACUGGCUCCAAAGAAACACUGUUUCAGUCAGUUGCGAGAGCACCAAGAUCGGGCAAAAAACAAUAACGAGAGCAUUCUAAGCAUGGGAGAUACAAAUGCCAAUCAAAUCAUGUUGGAGGUCAGCUCCCCGAAUGAUGAGCCCAGGACACGUGAUCUGGAUGAUGAAAUUGGAAAUGCAAAUGUGAGCAGGCCACAGUACCACAGCCACUCCCAGAAGCAGCCCCCUCAACCUCAGGGCUUUGGGAAAGGGGCUCAGGCUGCCUCCACCAGCCAGAGGGAUUUUCAUCCUUCUCUGGUUGUUCAUAGACAACCGAGUGAAGAACACACAGUGAAAAGAGCUAUCCUGCAGACCCCCCAGAGUGUCCAGGGACCAGGUCUAGCCAGUUGGAGGAAUGCAGUGGGUCAGGCCAGUCUAGAGGGUUCAGCUAAAAGGGAUGCUGAAGUUCCCCGACACAUUCCCAAGGACAAGUUGGCAAAGACCCUUGACAAUGAAGAGCUGAAAAGAGCCAGCAGCUCAGCAGCUUCAGCUGGCAGUCUCAUUUGGGAGAAUUUGCAGCCCAUGCGGCUGGACACCUCAGAGCCACAGGGCCUUGUGCCUGGGCGUGGGGAGGGGCCACAGGGGACAUUGGCUGGUCACACUCCAGGGACAGUCUUAUCUGUAGGUGAGGGUACCUCAGCGGGGAGGUGUGUAUGUCCUCCUAAACCAUCUACCUCAGAAGCCAGGGGGUCCAUCCCAUCAGUCACCAAGAUGGAGGGGACACAUGGCCUGGACCUUUACAGCGAGUGCAUCCCUCACCCAGAAUCGACUCCCAAUUCAGCUUCAGCAUUGAUGGAAAUUCCCAGCCCCAGUCACCCGGAAGUGUUCGUAGGCCAAGGAACAGGGGAGCUCAAAGUGGAGCGCAAAUACCUUCAACCCAGGAAUGAGCAGGGGCUAAAGUCAUCCCAGGCACAGGGUCUGGGAUGUCACGAGGAGAAAAGUAUGUCACCUGUGGAGAGGAAGGAGCUACAUGAGAAGACACAUCAAGAAGCCACCAGUCAAUUGAACAGCAGCCACCACCAGCUUAAAGUGGGAGAAGGCAGCGGCCUGGAAGAAAUGAUGGGAGUCAGUGCUGGUGUGGAGGGGUUUCAGCAAGCCACCCCAGCGCAGAGCACUGCUCCUGGAGAGGGAGGUACUAGACUCACUGGUAAAACGUCACCAGGCGCCUUAGGUAGGACCAUGAGGGAAACAGCAUCCAGCGACUUUGCACCCAGCGAUGGCCACAUAGCUUGUGUUCUCCGUGAUACUGAGAGCAUCUCCUCUGAGGUCAGUAGGGAGGAGAGGAGUCAGGGUAGCCAGAAUGGAGGCAGUGCCAAGGCAUUGGCCGCAGGUCCCUCUGUGGGAGGGAACAGAGCUGAGGCCCCUGAGCUCUUGGGCCCGCACAGCGGCAACUCAGAAGCCAGAAAAGGCAGAGAGACAGCGACACCUGUAGCUGAAGAUAGGAACCGUCUAGAAAACGCAGCCCAAACCGAAGUCGCUCCAGCUGGAGGAGAUUCAGUUUUCAGCACCUCAGCUCCCCUCCACCCAGAGACAACUGUGAACUUGACUCACCACCCCACUCCUCAAGGUAGCAGUUCUCAGUUCAGCGUGGACACGGGCUCAACCCUGGUGGCCUUGCCACCCACUGAUGGUGGGCAGGUGUUGAACACAUCCCUGAAAGUGCCCGAUAAGAGCACCUGCCCCAGUGGGAUCCCCAAGCCUCUUUCACAUCCCAAGGACGCACCUUCCUCCCAGGAAGCAACCGAGAAACUCGAGAUGGAGAAAGUGGAAGAAAGGACAGAGACAAAGCCGGUCCUUAUGCCGAAGCCCAAACAUGUGAGGCCCAAGAUCAUCACUUACAUCCGUAGGAACCCUCAGGCACUGGGUCAGGGGGAUGCCUCACUGGUCCCCGUGGGGCUUCCAUAUGCCCCUCCUUCAUGUGGCAUGCCUCUUCCACAAGAGGAGAAGACAGCGAACCGUGACCUUCAGCCAUCUGCCAACAUGUAUGAGAAAUUCAAGCCUGACUUGCAGAAGCCGAGGGUCUUCCCCUCUGGACUGAUGGUGUCUGGGAUCAAGCCCCCAGGGCAUCAUUUCAGUCAGAUGAGUGAGAAGUUUCUGCAGGAGGUCACGGACCACCCUGGGAAAGAAGAAUUUUGCUCACCUCCUUACACUCAUUAUGAGGUCCCCCCCACUUUCUAUCGCUCUGCCAUGCUCCUUAAGCCCCAGUUGGGACUGGGUGCAAUGUCACGUCUCCCAUCCACCAAGAGCAGGAUUCUGAUUGCAAGUCAGAGGUCUUCAGCAAGUGCCAUCCAUCCACCCGGACCGAUAACAACAGCUGCCAGUUUCUACGGUUCUGAUCCUUCAGAUCUCAAGAAAACCUCCAAUUCAAAUGCUGCAAAAUCCAGUCUACCAAAAUCUGGGCUCCGUCCUCCUGGUUACUCACGUCUCCCAGCAGCUAAGCUGGCGGCCUUCGGCUUCGUGAGGAGCUCCAGUGUCUCUGCAGUGCCCAGCACCCAGUCCAUGGACACUGUGCAGCCGGAGCAGAGCCGGCCGGCCACCCGUUCAGCCUUUGGGAAUGAAGAGCAGCCACCUCUGAAGCCAGCUCCACCUUCUAAGGACACACCUAAGGGAACUGGCCGGGCGGCCCCUACACCUUCCUCCAAUGCAGCAACACCACGCAGGAGUUUACUUCCGGCACCAAAAUCCACUUCCAUGCCUGCUGGAACGAAGAAAGAAGCACAGAAAGACCCAGAUGCUAACAAACCUGCUGUGUCGUCUCCCAAGAGAACAGCAGCUUCUUCCACCAAGCUUCACUCACCAGGGUACCCAAAGCAGAGGACCACUGCUUCUCGAAAUGGGAUCACACCCAAGCCUGACCUGCAGGCCCGAGAGGCAGAGCGGCAGCUGGCGCAGAGACUAAGGGACAGGUGUGAGUGGCAGGCCAGGCAGCUGGGCCUGGCUAGAGGGGAGCUGAAGAAGGCCAUCCGAGGCUUCGACGCCCUGGCUGUGUCUACUCAACAUUUCUUUGGAAAGAGUGAAAGUGCCCUUUCAAAGGAAAAAGAGCUGUCAAUCGAACUUGCAAACAUCAGGGAUGAAGUUGCCUUCAACACCGCCAAGUGUGAGAAACUGCAGAAGGAGAAGGAGGCGCUGGAGAGGCGGUUCGAGGAGGAGCUGAGGAGGCUGGGCUGGCAGCAGCAGGCCGAAGUGCAGGAGCUGCAGGAGCGGCUACAGCAACAGUUCCAGGCGGAGAGCGCGCACCUGCAGGCGGAGCACCAGGACCAGCUGCUGCGCAUGCGCUGCCAGCACCAGGAGCAGGUGGAAGACAUCACUGCCAGCCACGAGGCUGCUCUGCUGGAGAUGGAAAAUAACCACACAGUUGCCAUCACGAUCCUGCAGGAUGACCAUGACCACAAAGUUCAAGAAUUGAUGGCUACCCAUGAAUUUGAGAAGAAGGAAUUGGAAGAAAACUUUGAAAAACUUCGACUGUCAUUACAGGACCAGGUGGACACGCUGACUUUUCAGAGCCAAUCUCUGCGGGACAGAGCCCAGCGUUUUGAGGAAGCGCUGAGGAAGACCACGGAGGAACAGCUGGAGAUUGCAUUGGCUCCGUAUCAGCACCUGGAAGAAGAUAUGCAGAGCCUGAAGCAGGUGUUGGAGAUGAAGAACCAGCAAAUCCACCUGCAGGAGAAGAAGAUCAUAGAGCUGGAAAAGCUGGUGGAGAAGAAUAUCAUCCUAGAAGAAAAGAUCCAAGUUCUCCAGCAGCAGAAUGAAGACCUCAAAGCCAGGAUUGACCAGAACACAGUUGUCACCAGACAACUGUCAGAGGAAAAUGCUAAUCUCCAGGAAUACGUGGAGAAAGAGACCCAGGAAAAGAAGAGACUGAGCAGAACCAAUGAAGAACUACUUUGGAAACUCCAAACAGGGGACCCAACCAGCCCGAUUAAAUUGUCCCCGACAUCCCCGGUGUACAGAGGCUCUUCCUCUGGACCCUCCUCUCCAGCCAGAGUCAGCACCACACCUAGAUGACAUCGCUUUGCCACCUACAGGAGCUCAGGCUUCUGUCCAUCGGAGGGAGUGCUGGCCAGGUGCUGGUGGCCGCCCUGUGCGCAUGCUCAGUAGCUGCAUAUACAUCUUAGCAGCGUCCUCUCUGACCCCUGUGUGAGACCGUCCUGGUAUUGGUUGGCACUUAGAAAGGUGUAGGCAGCAGAGUCCUGUGUCCAAAAAUGUUUUAGUGUAGUUAGAGGCAAAAGAGAAGCAACUCCCAUUGUUCUUGAGAGAUGAACUUUCACAACAAAGGUAUAGGUCAGUUGCAAACAGCUCCGUUUUGAAUGCACAGAACCCUCCUUGUACUACCGCUUGGGUAUAUUCAGACAUGUGGGUAUACACAUGUGGCGAUUCUGAAUUGCAUUUUUUAUAACAUGAUGCGCUGACAUAUUUUAGUGACGGUCAGCAGUUUUGUAAGUUGUGCCUAAGAAUUAUUGGGAAAUGAACGUGCAUUUCUAUCUAGUUUCCUGAAAAUAUUUCUACCCAAAAUAGAGAAGAAAAAAAUGAAAAAAAAAAAAAAAGGUAGAAGCACGUCUAUCUGCCGCCAGGUGAUACCCUGCUUAACAUAAACACCAGCGAUUUGUAGACGGUAACUGCCUUUGGAGCAAUUAGCUUCUUAGUCCAUGUGAGGUGGGGUCCCUGUUACCACAUUGCAGGAUUUAAUUGUGCCCCCUCCCAUCCUGAGAGAUGAAACGUAACAGGGGAAACACUGACGGGUCGAGUGGUUUGGCCCAUGUUUUUCCCCUUAGUAAUUCAUUAUGGUUUUGAAAACACCAAUUUAGCUUUCUCCCACCCCCUAAACAGCAUCUUGGAGUUCAUCAUCAAGCUAUUAUUGCAAUCUCAGGAAGACACGGAGGAGUGUGACCUUUGUAGUAAGGAUGAGCAUGAACUUGGAGAAAAUCAAGACCGUGCAUAGCCCAUCCUAAUGAAGGAAGAAUGCUCAUAGGGGCCAUGUUUGACCAGGCACAGAAUAAGGACGUGUCUUCCGGUCAUUGCCCUUCACGGGCAACACUCCCCAUCUUCAGUUUGAUUCUUUGACUCAGCCCCAUCAGCACACAUCAAGAUGGCUCAGGGGUUCUAGUCAGGGCUUCCAGAAACCAACCUUUCUGUCUGGGGAUGGGGGUUGGGGGAGCCGGUUCUAAAGGUGCUAGAUCAUGUCCUUUCUGAUGGAGGGUCACCAGGGCUGCACCUGGCUGUGGUCCCAUCUUAAUCCCAAAAGGCCCUCCCAAAUAAGGGAGGCCAGUGUAACAGCCAGCCAGUGGCCAGCAGCCGCUGGACUGGUCUUUGUCUCUAAGACGGUAGAAUUAGAACAUGAAAGGUAUUCAUGUAGUGCUAUGGAAGAUUAGAAGCAUGAUCCACAGAAGAGAAGUAGUUGUAUCAGUCAAUUCAGUGGUGAUAAUGAUACCUUUGUUUCCUUAUGUGACAAAGACCCUUCACUUCCUAAGCAUGGGCCUGUCUGAGCAUGCCCUAGAUGAGAAGAGCCAUUGAACCAGGAAGAAACUGCCUGGGGACGGUGUCAUCUUGUCCAAGGACACUGAGGCAAAUGUGGUCUGCAUCCCUCCUGUGGCUCCAAGUUGGGCUUCCUGGUCUCAAGUGCAUCUGACUAUAGCAACCUCCAAGGGUCUUGCCCAUUCUGGAGACGUACACAGUAGAUACACAUUGAAGAAAACAGGUCCUCUUCCUUUGGCUCUGCAUGAUACUGGGAUACUGAGUUGGGCAUUCCAUAAGAGUAGCUCAUGCCUGUCAGUUCAAUGCACAGUUCUUUAUCCUUUUAGCAGGCACAACCUGCAGACAUAAUUUGGGUGGCUGCUUAGCUCUCCAAAUUAGGACCCGCCUCCACAGCUGUACCUGCUGAUGGCGGGUGCUCAGCAAUACAGACUUUGAUGUGAGUAUAGAAUGUGGUACAGUAUGUUAGGCUGUUGUGGUCCAAGUGAUAGCAGUGUUAGAACUAUGUACCCUCGUUAGGUGGACUAGAGCUUUGCCCUAAUCAGCCUCGACCUUGGGCACUUGAACAAAUUUCCCCAUGGCCCUGGCUUUGUUUCUCCAUCACAGACACCUCUCACGUAUGGUGCCCCACUUGAACUGAGUCCUGAGAUCCGGGUGGCCAGAGCUGCUGUGCCUCUUCCAUGAUCCUUCUGUCUCCAUGCUGCUAUGACCUGGACCUCUCAGCGUGGGAAUCUGUGUCUGUCCUCGUCCCUAGGCUAGGACACUGUGUCCUCCCCUCCUGCCACAGAUGGACCUGUCAAACACUUGUAGGGUCUUUAUGGAGUCAGGAGAUCCUCCUGGCCUGCCCCUACUCACUUGCCAUGGGCUGGGAACAGGUAGUGGUGAUGUCAGGAUGGGGGUGGGACUUGGAGUCCAGUACUCUGGGAUUAAUUGAAGGGGCACAAUGUUCUUUUUCUUGCCCCUCCAGUUUCUGUGUUCCAUAUUUGUGUUGAACUCUAAAGCUUAUUAAAACAAACCUGAGAGAUUUUCCAUGA